AAAUUUAUUGAAUUUGAAGAUUCUCAAGAACAAGAAAAAAAAGACAUACAGAUACGAGUAGAAGCUUUAGAGUCACAAACUCGGCAACUUGAAUUGAAAGCAAAAAAUUAUGCUGAUCAAAUUAGUAGAUUGGAGGAGAGGGAAGCGGAACUAAAGAAGGAAUACAAUGCUCUUCAUUCAAGGCAUACAGAGAUGAUUCAUAAUUACAUGGAACACUUGGAAAGAGCAAAAUUUCAUCAGUUGACAGGAGGUGAACAGCCAGAGCCCAUCACGCACAGUAGAAUUAGUUUGGAUUUUUUAAAAAAGUGUUUCCUAUGGUCUAGGUCUGAGGCCAGUAUGGCCUCACGAAGAGAGCAAAAAAGAGAACAGUAUCGCCAAGUAAAAGCUCAUGUUCAGAAAGAAGAUGGCCGGGUGCAAGCUUUUGGCUGGAGUCUUCCUCAGAAAUACAAACAGAUUAUAAAUGGUGGUGCUCAGGGUGACAGCAGGAUGAGGAAUUUGCCUGUGCCUGUUUAUCUGAGACCACUUGAUGAAAAGGAUACCUCCAUGAAGCUAUGGUGUGCUGUAGGAGCGAACUUAUCUGGAGGGAAGACACGGGAUGGUGGUUCAGUAGUUGGUGCCAGUGUCUUCUACAAUGAUAUUGCAGCUACAGACAUGGACAGCGGCAAACCGAGAAGUGCGUCUCAAAAUAGCUUGGAUAGAUUGGAUCAAGAACUCAAGGACCAGCAAAAAGAACUGAGAAACCGAGAAGAACUAUCAAGCCUUGUUUGGAUCUGUACCAGUACCCAUUCUGCUACAAAAGUUAUCAUUGUAGAUGCUAACCAGCCAGGAAACAUCCUAGACAGUUUCAUUGUUUGCAAUUCGCAUGUGCUUUGUAUAGCUAGUGUGCCAGGGGCUCGAGAGACUGACUACCCUACAGGAGAAGAAGGAUCACAGGAACCAGACUCUGGGGUAGUGGAUAAGUCAUCCUUGAGUGGCAGCAUAAAUAGCAAUAGUUCAGCAGAAGCAGACAGUCUGUUGGGAGGAAUCACAGUAGUUGGAUGUACAGCUGAAGGCAUUACAAGUUCUGCUGCUACCCACAGUUCCAAUGCUGCUUCGCCUGAGACAAACAAACAGCCAGAUGUUUCAGCUGAAAAUGAUGCAGUAGAUGAGCAUAUUCAGACAGCAGAGGAAGCCACUGAAGCAACAGAAGUCAGUGCUGGCUUGGGAGAAGAAGUAGCAGAUAUUGCGCAAAGUGGCGUUUACACAGAGCAUGUCUUCACAGAUCCUUUGGGAGUCCAAGAUACUGUGGAAGGUUCUCCGGCUUUCCAGUCUAGUGAGUCUGAAUUGUUUAAAGAUGUUGCUGAAUUACCAAAUGAGCAGGAUCUUGUGAGGGAAGAAGCGCAAAAAAUGAGUAGCCUUUUACCUACUAUGUGGCUGGGAGCACAGAACGGAUGUUUAUAUGUUCAUUCUUCAGUGGCUCAGUGGAGAAAAUGUGUUCAUGCAAUUAAACUUAAAGAUUCAAUUCUCAGUAUAGUGUUUUUUCUGACUUCCUUAACUGUUUCUUUCUUUAUAGAUGGACAAUGGGAUUUGACAAAUUACCAUCUCUUAGAUCUUGGCCGGCCUCAUCAUUCAAUCCGAUGUAUGACUGUUGUGCACGAUAAAGUCUGGUGUGGGUACAGAAAUAAAAUCUAUGUGGUUCAUCCGAAAGCAAUGAAAAUAGAGAAAUCAUUUGAUGCACAUCCAAGGAAGGAGAGCCAAGUGAGACAGCUGGCAUGGGUGGGAGAUGGAGUGUGGGUAUCCAUUCGUUUAGAUUCAACCCUCCGGCUUUACCAUGCACAUACUUACCAGCACCUACAAGAUGUUGACAUUGAGCCUUAUGUAAGCAAAAUGCUAGGUACAGGAAAACUGGGGUUUUCAUUUGUGAGAAUCACAGCUCUGAUGGUAUCUUGCAAUCGUUUGUGGGUUGGGACAGGAAAUGGAGUCAUCAUCUCAAUACCAUUAACAGAAACUGUAAUCCUCCACCAGGGACGUUUACUGGGGCUGAGGGCUAACAAAGCAGCAGCAAGCUCUGGCAACCGUCCUGGCAAUGUAAUACGUGUGUAUGGAGAUGAAAACAGUGACAAAGUGACCCCUGGAACCUUUAUUCCUUAUUGUUCAAUGGCACAUGCACAACUUUGUUUCCAUGGGCAUCGUGAUGCUGUUAAGUUUUUUGUUGCAGUACCUGGUCAGGUGAUUUGUCCUGAAGUGGAUGGAAGCUCAGAAUUAUCUGGUGAAAGAACUACCGUCUCUGCACAGGAACCCAAUAGCCAGACUCCUUUAAAAUCAAUACUGGUGAUAAGCGGAGGAGAAGGAUACAUUGACUUCAGGAUGGGUGAUGAAGUUGGUGAAUCUGAACUUCUUGGAGAAGCAUUACCGAUUGAGCCUUCCGUUGCCAAAGCUGAGAGGAGCCACCUGAUAGUGUGGCAGGUUAUGUGUGGCAGUGAAUAAGCUCCAGAGGAAAAUGGCUUGAGACUGCAAAAGCUUUUGCAUGUCUUCAGUUUUGUUUUGUUUCUGUGGAACCCGUUUCAUUGCAGAUGAUUUGAACGUUUCUUUGUCAUUUGACUUUAUAUCAUAAACCUCUCAAACCUUAACACAGGAACCAGCUCACGCUGUUUUACUGCAUCAGUGUUACAAAGCGAGAAUAAAUUGGUCUUCCCAAGCAGAUAAAUGCCAUAUUUUGUCUCCUGAAUGCACCUUAUAGGCCCCCAUUGCAAUCUGUAACACAACUCUCCCCCUUACUUUCUACAAUGAAUUUACGUUUAUAUUUUGAACCAUUUUAAAUUCAUUUGCAUAAGAGUAAAAUAGCAAAUUAAUAUUCUGGGUAGUAUUUCAAAAGCGUAAGAUGUAUGUAAUAUAUGGGAUUCGCUGAACACCUCAAAUUAUGAUUAUGAUAAGUUAGAAGACUUUUGCUUUUUCAUUUCUGAAUCCUACCAAUUUUGUGGACUUUUGUUUAUAUUGAGAUUCUUGAGCUAAAACUUUACCAGACAUUUAGUUGCGGAAGGUUUUUUUAAAGUUGCUAAUCACACCAAAAAUCACUACAGCUAUCCUGAAUAAAUUUAAAAUGUGGUGUUUUAAGGGGGGGGGGGGGGAUACUUUUCCCUGUUUCCUUAUUUAAUGUAGCUUGGAAGCAUCCAGUUUAAUCUCAAAAGGGCAUUCUUAUAUCAAAGCAUCUUCCUUAAAUAUGUCUUGAGCAGAAGAUAGGUACCUUUGUGUGCUCCUAUUUAUUGGAUCCUGGGGAUUCCAGCUCUUGCCAUGGGAUAUAGAAGGGCUUGUAAGUAGUGAGCAAGCUAGCAGUAAUAAUGAAUAACCUCAAAUAAGUUUAAAUUAUAUUACGUUUCAAUCCAUAUUAUCAGCCUACAAAUGCCAUUCAAAAGAAAGGUCUAUACAGUAUGUUGCGUGGUGCACUUAAUAAAGUGGUGUAUUCACUCAUUUUAAUGAAUGAACACCUGUGUAUAAAAUCUGAGUGACCCAUCUAUAAAUCUGAGGAAUUGGAAAGAUACUGUCAUGCAACUUAUUCUAUCGUUUCACAUUUAAAGUUUUGGACUGAGUAUACUCAUUUGCUAUCCAACGGAUGGCAAAGGUAAAUUAAAUGCUAUCGUUUUAAUCACUCAGAGGAUAAACAGGUUCUCAAUGUUUUCCUUGUUAUAAAAUAGGAGUGAACACACUAACAUUCAGCUCAUGUUCAUUAAGAGAUUCUAGCUCUUCCAGUUAGAUGGGAGUUGCUAUUAUCUACGUGACAAAAGGGAAGAAUUUCUAAAUUUGAAAUGCCAACAUUUACAACCAGAAAUUGUCAUGGAAAACUGCCUAAAACGUUUUAUGCAAUAGGAGCAGUUUGUCAUCUCUCAAGGAAACAUGUAUUCAAUACACACACACACACACACACACACACACACACACACACACACAGCCCUACACCUUUUUAAAAUCACAUUAAACUGAGGUCUAUUGUGUAAAUAUUUAUUUAGGCAGCUUUUUAAUAAAAGAAACUAUAAUCUUAUCUGAUGAAAAGUUAAUACAUUUCCCUUCAGAUGUAUUGAUUAUAGUUUUAUAUGUAUAAAUACUUUUUAAGCACCCUAUUUUGUACACAAUGAAUGCAUCUUGGUAGGUAUGUAUUUUAACCACAAAAUGUGUGGCUAAAAAUAACUGAGAAUUGUUGAAUGUUUAAUACCUUUAUAUUUUGCCCUCUGAUGUGCCCAAUGUGAUCUGAUCACAACAGACUUAAAAAUUUCAAUUGCUGAACUGAGUUUAAGAAUUUAAUAAAAGAAACACUGAUGGAAAAACUGUAAGAAGAAUUAAGAGGAUAUGGAUUUUCCCCCCUCAGAAAUUGCCUCUGCUACACUCAUGUAAUCCAUACCAGACUCACAUUUCUGUGGCAUCUUUUGCACUUUUCCAUCUUAGGAAAAUUUAAUAGUCAAUUUGGGAAAGAUGUUCAGGUGAGUUGGCGAAAGCUUCACCAUAAGUGCCUCUAAGGCACCCAGGAGCUUUGCCAAAAGAAGACAGAUUCUUAAGUAUUUGUCCUGUCCUCAGAGCAGUAGAAACCAUUCAUGCAGUUCAUAAUUCUAGACGUCCAAAAGACAGCCAGUUCCAUUAACUUUGUUACCCGUUGCCUUUCAAGGGAUCUUACUUGGAGGAGAGUUUUUGGAAAUGUCCUCCUGGCUUUUCAUGAGUGGUGAAAUAGUUUUUGGAAAAAGGAAUGAAAUGCACAUAUAUUGGUUUUGAAUUCUGUUAAACAUUUUCAUUUCAAAACCAUUGGUGAGCUGUUUCUUGCUCAGACAAAAAAUGCAUCUGGCUGAUAAUGUUUUAUGACGUUCCAGAUGGUAAAUUGACAUUCUGUCCUCAUUUGGGCAACAGUCAUUCACAGCAGAAAAGACAGGAGUCCACCAGAGAGAUCAACACUUGUAUUAGUGCAAGUAGGGAAAGAGCACCAUUUUCAACCUCCAUUUUAAAAUUUAUUCCCUGUCCUAAAGAAUUGCAGUUUUAAAAGAUGGAUGUAGAAGAUCCCUUUCACUUAUACUUAUACACUCCCUAUUCCAGCACACUCUGUAGAUGAUAAAAAUUUGCUAAAGUUCAAGCACCCAAAUGAAUGCCUAACAAAUCUGUUUUGAGAGUGACAUAUGUUUAAUGUAAUUAUAGUUCUAAAAUCAGAAGUAGGAAUGAAUCUCUUGAUAGUUAACAGCUUUGUUAAUAGUUUGAGAGAGCAUUUCAAGCACAAAAAAAAUGCAGCACAUGAUUUGUUUGGGUAAAUGUGUUUUGCAUGGUAAAAGAUAAUAAGUUUAUGUAUUCUGCCAUUUAGUUCAUUUCUUGCAAGGUCUUCCUGCAUUGGAUCAGUUAGAGCUGGCAGAGUGUAGACACUUUAUCAUAGGCUGCCUUAGUAACUAAAAUGUUUUAUAAUCUUCUAAUAUGCUAACUGUUCUAAAGAACAUGGCGUUCUGAAAAUAAUGUUUAAUUAAGUAUUUAUUUCCAUGUGAGUAUUAUGAAAGCUACCAAAGGACUGAAACUGACUUGGCACGCUUACAGUUUGACCCUGUGCAUAAAGGAUUUUGUAAAGAUCCCAAGUUUGUAAAAAAAAAAAACCGACAGACUGAAAAACACACUUCUUUGUGGAUGCUAACUUUAUUUUCUUAACAGGGUUAUGCCAUAUUGUAACAACCUUUGUUUUGCACUUCAAAACAUUGAACGCUAAAUACUUCUCUCUAACAAUGUCAUUUCUACACACUUCUCUAUCUUUUAAACAUGUUUUAAAACAUUUUAUGGUCAUUAACUUUUUGAAAAUGUUGUCUAGACACUUUAUGCUGAAUUUUACUUUCCUCUGUAACCUUGAGAUCAAUACUGCAGCAUUAAACUUGCUGUCUGUUUAAACUUGAGGCUUCUUUUCUGUGAGCUGAUAAGCUCAUAUAGCAGUGAAAUUAUUUCAGUAUUUAUUAUUGAAUCCAUGGGGGUUCAGAAUGUAACUUUGUACAUGAAAUAUAUAAAUAUGUAUAUGAAAAACA